AUGCGUUCCUUCUUCUCGGUGUGCGCGUCGUUGGCGCUUGUGCAUUAUGCUGCCACUCUCGACCUUACCAACUCUGUCCUGUCCCUUUUUACGAUAGCAUUAGCUCUCUUCUGGAAGGUGACGGGCUUUCCGAGCCACUUUAGGAGAGGCGGUACUGCAGGAAAUGCCGUGGGCACACGUCUAGCUCAGGCUGGUUACAAAGUCGCUAUCAUCGAAGCUGGUGGUUUCUACGAAAUCAAUUCUAUCCCAACUGUUGAUUGGGUUUUCGAGACAGAACCCCAGGCUGGUGCGAAUAACAGAAAGUUCCAUUAUGCUCGUGGGAAAUGUCUUGGUGGCUCGUCAGCCUUGAAUUUCAUGAUCUACCAUCGAGGAUCAACUGGCACGUACGAUCGAUGGGCAGAUCUUGUGGGUGACGAUAGCUAUAGACUGGAGAACUUCCAAGCGUACUUCAAGAACAGCACGACGUUCACUCCUCCCAACACAAGAAAGCGACCAGCAAACGCAACCAUCGGCACGAAGUACAUUGCCGAGGACUUCAAGGCCAUACCAGAGGGCGGCCCUGUGCAGGUCAGCUACAGCUUCUGGGUUUCAGCUUGGGCAACUUGGUUAGAGAAAGGACUGAAGGCUGUCGGCCUGAAGAGCAUUGCCGGCUUCAAUAGCGGCGAAUUGCUCGGCUAUCAUUAUACGCAGACUACAAUCAACCCAAAGACAGCGACGAGAAGUUCAUCCAACGAAUAUAUAUACAAGGCAAAGUCCGAGGGCCUGGAUAACCUCAAGAAGGCCAUCGGACUUGAAGUCAGCUUCAUGGAUGUCAAAUACACUCUCAAGGCCAAGAAAGAAGUUGUUCUUAGUGCUGGUGCUUUCCAGUCGCCACAGCUCUUGAUGGUUUCCGGCAUUGGCCCCAAAGAGACUCUCAAUAAAUUCGACAUCAAACCUGUGUCCAUCCUCGAGGGCGUCGGUCAAAACAUGUGGGAUCACAUCUUUUUCGGACCUUCAUAUCAAGUCAGCUUCGAAACCCUGAAUGCGCGGCCCGUUAACCUCAACAUCAUCGAAUUCAUUGGCUGGGAGAAACUGCCCAAGAAAUACCGUACCAAGUUCUCGCCUGAAACGGAAAAGGCUCUUGCUCAGUUUCCUGAUGAUUGGCCUGAAGUUGAGUAUCUGGGGGCGAAUGGAUUUCUUGGAAAUUUCGAAUGGCCCAUUAUCCAGCAGCCUUUAGACGGAAAGCAAUAUGCAACCAUGCUCGGUGCAAUGGUAGCUCCUGUCUCCCGAGGAAAUGUCACCAUCUCAUCAACAUCAGGCUUAGAUAAGCCUGUCAUCAACCCUAACUGGUUAACAGCUAAAGCCGAUCAAGAAGCCGCAAUCGCGUGGUUUAGAAGAAUGAGAGACGUCUGGGAAACAAAGGAGUUGAAGUCAAUUGCGAUUGGUUCCGAAUACUGGCCUGGAAAGGAGGUACAGACAGACGAAGAGGUCCUAGACAUGGUUCGAGAUUCUCUCAUGACUGUGUGGCAUGCUGCUUGUACCUGUAAAAUGGGUAAAAGGGAGACAGAAACAGCUGUUGUGGAUAAUCUCGCCCGUGUGUUUGGUGUCGAAGGAUUGAGAGUAGUUGAUGCAAGUUCCAUGGCAUUGCUGCCUCCUGGUCAUCCGCAAAGCACUAUCUAUGCUUUUGCGGAGAAGAUUACAGACGAUAUUAUUAAACAGCGAAAGUAG